AUGGAAGAGUCUCAAAAUUUUGGCGAGCAACAGGAUAAUUCGCAUAUUUUCUAUGAUCCUUUUACAAUUUUGAAACCGUUGGCUUCGGCAGUCCAUUUGGAACUAGAUAUGGUAAAAUUUUAGGUUUUCGGCACUAAAACCCGGUUAUUUUCAGAUAAACUAUGUUGUUUGCCUACUUUUAUCAUUUGCAAUUGGUUAUUGGUUCAAAACACAGUAUUCGGGAGCUGAUAGACAAUCUAGAGCUAUUUUUACAACUACUAUUGGACUUGGAUUUUGCUACUUUUGUUAUGGAAAGUGAGUGAGCUUUGAGAUUGAUUUCAAAUACAAAAAUCUACAAGUUGAAACGUAUUGAAUUUUUUGCAGCGCAAUAAUCCAUCUUCUUCUCAAUGUUUUCGUGAGUUAUGCUCUUAUGUUAACUAUUGAUCCAAAAAUAGUUCAUAAAGUAGUUUUUGGAUUUUCAAUGGGAUAUUUGCUACUUAUUCAUUUUUAUCGUUGGAUGUAUCAAACAUCAUAUUGUAUGGACGUAACAAGUAGUAUUAUGUUAUCAGUUGGAAAAACAACCCUUUUAGCAACUGCAAUUCAUGAUGGAAUGGGAAAAGAUCCAAAGAAAUUAAGCGCCGCGCAAGAGAAAGAUGCAGUUAAAGAAGUUCCGAAUGUCAUAGACUAUGCAUCAUAUAUGUUUAAUUUUCAGGUUUGAAUUUCAAAACGAAAUUCAAAAAAUAAGAUAAAUCUUUUUAGACAAUCCUUGCUGGACCGAUGAUAAAUUAUUCUGGGUGGUCACAAUUUCUUGACGAAACACAUAUUCCACUUGAUAAAACAUCUGGAAAACCCUAUGAUCCUACUGGAACCGCGCUGGAAAAACUACAAAUAGCCGUUGGUUUUGCGGUUCUAUACGCAGCACUAACACCAUUUUUCCCAAUGUCGCUUACAAUUGACCCAGAACUAAAUCAACGCACUGUUUUCAUAUGGUGGAUUUAUCACACGAUCAGUUGCACAGUUUUACGCUGUCAAUACUACUUUGCAUGGAUUCUGAGUGAGUGAAAACGUGGAAAACACUUCGUUUCAGGGCGAACAAAUAGAAACAGAGAGAGAGCGUGCAGAGUGCGAAAGAAAGACCCGCGAAAUUUAAAUAAGGCUGGCAACCAGCCAACUGCUGGGUCCUGAAGUGAUGGUCCAUGAAUUCUCAUUUUUUUUUUAUUUCGGGGUUUUUUUGAUGUCUGCGUCGCGUUUUCUCUAUUUGUUCGUCCAAAUACAGGGUUGAAACGAAGUGAAAAACGAAAAGAAUGAGAACAAAAUUUUGACUGAAAAAUUGCCCCUCGGGUCAGACGAGAGACGACGGGAGUCUGAUGACGUCAUUUAAGACAGAGAAACCCAUCGCUUCGAGAUAUUUCGAAGAAAAUGUGUGUCCCUUUGAAAAAAACAGUAGUUUUGUUUGAAGGAACACACAUUUUAUUGAAAAUAUCUCGCCACCAAGUUACUUUUUGGGGAUAUUUUUGCAAAAUACUCUCAAACGUUGUGCGCCUUUAAAUUUUCUUCUACCGUUUUCAAAAUAUGUUUUCCAGGUGAUGCCGCAUGUAACGCCUCUGGAUUUGGUUUCAAUGGUCUGGAUAAAGAGUCAAAUGCACCAAAAUGGACUCGCGCAACAAAUGUCAACCCAAUGAAAGUGGAAUUCGCUCAAAAUUAUAAGGAAAUUGUUGAUAAUUGGAAUAUGUCUACAGUUGCCUGGUUGAGACGAGUUGUAUAUGAAAGAUUUGAUGCAAAAUAUCGAACAUGGGCGGUUUAUGCGACUGGAGCAGUUUGGCACGGUGUUUCAGCUGGAUAUUAUGUGUCGUUUUUGAGUAGUGGUCUCUACACUUUGGCUGGUGCAAUGGUAAGUUUAUGCGCAUAUGCUAGGGACAAAUUUUCAAUCAAAUUUCAAUUUUUAGUGGCGCCGCUGUAUGCGUCAUUAUUUCAUCAAGGAUCCAAAUGUGAAAAUUGCUUAUGAUAUUUUUGGAAUUCUCUUAUCUCGAUUCAUUCUUUGCUACAACCAAUGGCCAUUUUAUAUCAUGAAUCUUUCGCCAAGUCUUUUCACCUACACGAAAUUCUAUUUUCUGCCACAAAUCAUAUCAUUGCUCAUAAUAUUCUACUUGCCCGAAGUUUUCCCGCCGAAAAAAUCCGAUUUGAAAUCUGAAAAAACCGAGAACACCGAGAGAACUGAGAAAACUGAUGAUUUGAAAAGUGUCAAAAAAUAUUCAUCGACAAGAACAGCCGUAGAAAUGGAGAAAAAAGAGGAGAAAAUUGAAUAA